AUUUGACUCUUAUUCUGAAGGUGAAUACAAAUCCGUGACCCGAAAGCGCUUACUUAUUCGUGCGUACUUUACAACGGAGUCAUUCUAACCCCCUCACAGGAGCAUUUUCCUAACUACGUUUCACGCUUUUAUCAAUUUAGGAGUCGCAGCGAGAAGACACCGUCUUUAAUUUCACAGUGAAACAUGACCUCGAUUCGGUUAAAUCUGCCAACGUUAUUGAAUUGUCUCUUAAUCUGCGUCACCUUGCUGUUGAAUAACCGCUGCUGUGUCGUUGCCAAGUGGUAUCACAGACCCAACGUUGUUUUGAUCCUCACCGAUGACCUGGAUGUCGUUAUUGGGGGCAUGACCCCACUGAACAAGACCAAGAAACUGAUUGGUGAAGCAGGGAUCACCUUUACCAACGCUUUUGUAGCCAGCCCACUGUGCUGUCCCAGCAGAGCCAGCAUCCUAACAGGAAAGUAUCCUCAUAACCACCAUGUGAUCAACAACACUCUGGAGGGGAACUGCAGCAGCACGGCCUGGCAGAAGACCCAGGAGCCCAAGACCUUCCCUGCUCUACUGCAGGCCUACGCUGGUUACCAGACCUUCUUCGCUGGGAAGUACCUCAACCAGUAUGGGAACCCAGAUGCAGGAGGAGUGGAGCACGUUCCUCUGGGAUGGGACUACUGGGUCGGACUGGAGAGGAACUCUAGGUACUACAACUACACACUGUCUGUGAAUGGGAAGCCUAAGAAGCAUGGAGGGAACUACAGUGAAGACUACCUGACAGACGUACUGACCAACAUGUCUCUAGACUUCCUCCAGUAUAAGUCUAACUACCGUCCGUUUUUCAUGAUGGUUUCGACCCCCGCCCCCCACGCCCCCUGGACCCCCGCCCCGCAGUACCAGGACCGCUUCAAGGACCUCAAGGCCCCUCGAGACCCCAACUUCAACGUCCAUGGGAAGGACAAGCACUGGCUGAUCAGACAGGCCAAGACUCCCAUGACCAACUCCUCUAUCGAGUUGCUGGACGAGGCCUACAGGAAACGGUGGCGUACUCUGCUGUCAGUGGAUGACUUGGUGGAGAAGGUGGUGAAGAGGUUAGAGGUCAGAGGGGAACUGGACAACACUUACAUCAUCUUUACCUCAGACAACGGAUACCACACAGGUCAGUUCUCUCUCCCCCUGGAUAAGAGGCAGCUGUAUGAGUCUGAUAUAAGAGUUCCUCUGCUGAUCCGAGGGCCCAACAUCAAGCCUAACCAGACCACCGGGCUGGCGGUCCAGAACGUUGACCUGGGUCCUACCAUCCUGGACAUGGCCGGUUACAACGUCAGCAAGACUACCAUGGAUGGCAUGUCCUUCCUGUCUGUACUGGAGGGAUCUGUGAACAGCACUACGUGGAGAACAGACUUCCUGGUGGAGUAUGAAGGGGAGGGGUCUAAUGUGUCUGAUCCCGCCUGCCCCCUGCUGGGUCCUGGGGUCUCCGUAUGUUUCCCUGACUGUGUGUGUGAGGACUCCUUCAACAACACGUACGCCUGCGUUCGUACCGUCGCCCCCUCUGCCAACCUCCAGUACUGCGAGUUUGAUGACAACGAGGUGUUUGUGGAGGUAUAUAACAUUACAGUUGACCCCUACCAGCUCAUUAACCUGGCUAAGACCAUCGACCAGGAAGUCCUGGAGAAGAUGAACCACAGACUGAUGAUGCUCCAGUCCUGUUCUGGACAGUCCUGUAGGACCCCUGGGGUCUACGAUGCACGAUAUACGUUUGACCCUCACCUGAUGUUCAGCAACAGGAGCCACCGGCGCAACAGGCUGAGACGGGCCUGAAAUGAGAAGAGCAGGAGGAGAGGAGGGCUGUCUGAGCCCGUGCUGCUGUUCCCUAGUGUCUGAGACCUCAGCCCUGUAGGGGUUGGAGGGGGACCUUCUGUAAACUCCACACUACAGCACUUUUAACAGUCUGUACACAACACCCUGUGUUUGGACACAGUAUCACCCAUUGAUUGGUUAUUUUAAGACAUUGUUUGACUGAUUUUAAUUUUACAUGUUGUGUUUGUUAAUUACGUGAGGAAAAUCAAUUACCUCAAAUCAGCUGUUUUUCAAAUAAUUAACAAGUCUUGACCUGCUACAGUAGGACUAGAAACCAUACCUAUUGUUCCUCUUUCUCCCAGUAGGACUAGAAACCAUUCUGGUUGUUCCUCUUUCUCCCAGUAGGACUAGAAACCAUACCUAUUGUUCCUCUUUCUCCCAGUAGGACUAGAAACCAUACCUAUUGUUCCUCUUUCUCCCAGUAGGACUAGAAACCAUUUUGGUUGUUCCUCUUUCUCCCAGUAGGACUAGAAACCAUUCUGGUUGUUCCUCUUUCUCCCAGUAGGACUAGAAACCAUUUCGGUUGUUCCUCUUUCUCCCAGUAGGACUAGAAACCAUUUCGGUUGUUCCUCUUUCUUCCAGUAGGACUAGAAACCAUUCUGGUUGUUCCUCUUUCUCUCAGUAGGACUAGAAACCAUUUCGGUUGUUCCUCUUUCUCCCAGUAGGACUAGAAACCAUUUCGGUUGUUCCUCUUUCUUCCAGUAGGACUAGAAACCAUUCUGGUUGUUCCUCUUUCUAUCAGUAGGACUAGAAACCAUUUCGGUUGUUCCUCUUUCUCCCAGUAGGACUAGAAACCAUUCUGGUUGUUCCUCUUUCUCCCAGUAGGACCAGAAACAGGUCAUUUUGGAGUCACUUUUAUUGUAUAUAAGAAUAGAAUAUGUUUCUGAAGGCUUCUACAUUAAUGUGGAUGCUACCAUGGUUACGGAUAAUCCUGAAUUAAUCCACUUUUAAUGUAGAAGUGUUCAGAAACAUGUUCUAUUCUUAUUUAAAAAGGUAAAAGUGACUCCAAAUGACCAUUAUUUACCGUUCAUUUGUAUUGGGCACAAAAUGAUCUGCUCUACAACCAAAACAACCAGCCAAUGCAUCCACGUUCAUAGAGUCACAGCUGGAGGAUCUGGGACAUCCACGUUCAUAGAGUCCCAGCUGGAGGAUCUGGGACAUCCACGUUCAUAGAGUCCCAGCUGGAGGAUCUGGGACAUCCACGUUCAUAGAGUCCCAGCUGGAGGAUCUGGGACAUCCACGUUCAUAGAGUCCCAGCUGGAGGAUCUGGGACAUCCACGUUCAUAGAGUCCCAGCUGGAGGAUCUGGGACAUCCACGUUCAUAGAGUCCCAGCUGGAGGUCGUCAUUGUGUUCUAAGAAUCUGGGACAUCCACGUUCAUAGAGUCCCAGCUGGAGGUCGUCAUUGUGUUCUAAGAAUCUGGGACAUCCACGUUCAUAGAGUCACAGCUGGAGGUCGUCAUUGUGUUCUAAGAAUCUGGGACAUCCACGUUCAUAGAGUCCCAGCUGGAGGUCGUCAUUGUGUUCUAAGAAUCUGGGACAUCCACGUUCAUAGAGUCCCAGCUGGAGGUCGUCAUUGUGUUCUAAGAAUCUGGGACAUCCACGUUCAGAGUCACAAGCUGGAGGUCGUCAUUGUGUUCUAAGAAUCUGGGACAUCCACGUUCAUAGAGUCCCAGCUGGAGGUCGUCAUUGUGUUCUAAGAAUCUGGGACAUCCACGUUUCUAGAGUCCCAGCUGGAGGUCGUCAUUGUGUUCUAAGAAUCUGGGACAUCCACGUUCAUAGAGUCCCAGCUGGAGGUCGUCAUUGUGUUCUAAGAAUCUGGGACAUCCACGUUCAUAGAGUCCCAGCUGGAGGUCGUCAUUGUGUUCUAAGAAUCUGGGACAUCCACGUUCAUAGAGUCCCAGCUGGAGGUCGUCAUUGUGUUCUAAGAAUCUGGGACAUCCACGUUCAUAGAGUCCCAGCUGGAGGUCGUCAUUGUGUUCUAAGAAUCUGGGACAUCCACGUUCAUAGAGUCCCAGCUGGAGGUCGUCAUUGUGUUCUAAGAAUCUGGGACAUCCACGUUCAUAGAGUCCCAGCUGGAGGUCGUCAUUGUGUUCUAAGAAUCUGGGACAUCCACGUUCAUAGAGUCCCAGCUGGAGGUUGUCAUUGUGUUCUAAGAAUCUGGGACAACAUAUGUUCUACUACUUUAAUAUACACCAGUGAAUUUGUCCCAAAACUUUUGGUCCCUUAGUCCCCCUAUUUUAUGUACAUAAAGUGGUGUAAUUUCUAAACGGUUCACCCAAUAUGGAUGAAAAUACCCUCAAAUUAAAUCUGACAGUCUGCACUUUAACCUCAGUCACUGUCUCAUUUCCAAUCCACAGUGCUGGAGUACAGAGCCAAAACAACCAACAUGGGUCCCUAGUGGUACGGUCAGAAACAGUGGAGGGGGAGGAGUCUAGUGGUACGGGCAGAAACAGUGAAGGGGGAGGAGUCUAGUGGUACGGGCAGAAACAGUGGAGGGGGAGGAGUCUAGUGGUACGGACAGAAACAGUGGAGGGGGAGUCUGUAGUGGUACGGACAGAAACAGUGGAGGGGGAGGAGUCUAGUGGUACGGCCAGAAACAGUGGAGGGGAUGUCUGUAGUGGUACGGUCAGAAACAGUGGAAGGGGAGGAGUCUAGUGGUACGGACAGAAACAGUGGAGGGGGAGGAGUCUAGUGGUACGGACAGAAACAGUGGAGGGGGAGUCUAGUGGUACGGACAGAAACAGUGGAGGGGGAGUCUAGUGGUACGGACAGAAACAGUGGAGGGGGAGUCUAGUGGUACGGACAGAAACAGUGGAGGGGGAGUCUAGUGGUACGGACAGAAACAGUGGAGGGGUCAGGGAGACUGAGGGCCUUUAACUGAACAUCUUCUGAUGUGUUGCCAUGGCAGAACAUCAACCAGCAUCAACUUUGUGUGUAAUUCCAGAGGGUUUCUUGUUGAUUAUAACUGAUCUUCUAGAUAUCUAUCUACAGGGUGCAUUUAGUUACGUUACAGAAAUAAACACUUUACCUUCCGUUAACCUGUUUCUCUACACAGUCAGACUAAUCACACACAGCGAACCUGCCAAUCAUAUAAUUCAACCGUAUCCAUUGGCCAGCCUCUGAUCCAUUGGCCAGCCUCUGAUCCAUUGGCCAGCCUCUGAUCCAUUGGCCAGUCUCUGAUCCAUUGGCCAGUCUGAUCCAUUGGCCAGUCUCUGAUCCAUUGGCCAGUCUCUGAUCCAUUGGCCAGCCUCUGAUCCAUUGGCCAGUCUCUGAUCCAUUGGCCAGACUCUGAUCCAUUGGCCAGUCUCUGAUCCAUUGGCCAGACUCUGAUCCAUUGGCCAGACUCUGAUCCAUUGGCCAGACUCUGAUCCAUUGGCCAGACUCUGAUCCAUUGGCCAGACUCUGAUCCAUUGGCCAGACUCUGAUCCAUUGGCCAGUCUCUGAUCCAUUGGCCAGACUCUGAUCCAUUGGCCAGACUCUGAUCCAUUGGCCAGACUCUGAUCCAUUGGCCAGCCUCUGAUCCAUUGGCCAGUCUCUGAUCCAUUGGCCAGCCUCUGAUCCAUUGGCCAGCCUCUGAUCCAUUGGCCAGCCUCUGAUCCAUUGGCCAGCCUCUGAUCCAUUGGCCAGUCUCUGAUCCAUUGGCCAGUCUCUGAUCCAUUGGCCAGCCUCUGAUCCAUUGGCCAGUCUCUGAUCCAUUGGCCAGUCUCUGAUCCAUUGGCCAGUCUCUGAUCCAUUGGCCAGUCUCUGAUCCAUUGGCCAGUCUCUGAUCCAUUGGCCAGCCUCUGAUCCAUUGGCCAGCCUCUGAUCCAUUGGCCAGCCUCUGAUCCAUUGGCCAGCCUCUGAUCCAUUGGCCAGCCUCUGAUCCAUUGGCCAGCCUCUGAUCCAUUGGCCAGCCUCUGAUCCAUUGGCCAGCCUCUGAUCCAUUGGCCAGUCUCUGAUCCAUUGGCCAGUCUCUGAUCCAUUGGCCAGUCUCUGAUCCAUUGGCCAGUCUCUGAUCCAUUGGCCAGACUCUGAUCCAUUGGCCAGUCUCUGAUCCAUUGGCCAGCCUCUGAUCCAUUGGCCAGCCUCUGAUCCAUUGGCCAGCCUCUGAUCCAUUGGCCAGCCUCUGAUCCAUUGGCCAGUCUCUGAUCCAUUGGCCAGCCUCUGAUCCAUUGGCCAGCCUCUGAUCCAUUGGCCAGCCUCUGAUCCAUUGGCCAGCCUCUGAUCCAUUGGCCAGUCUCUGAUCCAUUGGCCAGUCUCUGAUCCAUUGGCCAGUCUCUGAUGCUUUCCAAUCUGUCAAAAUGUUUCCAUGGUUUUGCACAUUGUUUUUAUUUUUCGAUAGUUUUUUGUGAUGCGGUUGUUCCAUUUCUGGGUGUUUUGUCCAAUAAACUAACGGUAUUCUGAAAUCA